CUUCCCACUUUCAAGUUUCGACAUCCAUAGCAAUUACCAAAUACUAUUAUAGAUUCUUUGCACACAGUGCUUUCUUUACGGUCUGCAGCUUGAACUCAAGUUAAAGCGAACUAGUUAAGAACUUCAACUUCCACAUGGGAAACUGCACCUCUAGCUGCUUCAUCCGGGAUUCGGGCCGUAAAAAAAUGGCAAAAGUAAUUGAUGCUCAAGGGAACCUGAGGAAAGUCAAGAUCCCAGCAAAGGCAGCGGAGAUCAUGCUUGAGGAACCUGGUCACAUCAUCUGUCCAGUGGAAAAUCUCAAUCGAACUCGCCGCGUGGCUGCUAUGCGAGCUGAAGAUGAACUUCUGGUGGGUAAAGUUUACGUUUUGGUUCCUAUAGGGAGGGUUCAUUGCAAAGUUACGGAUGCAGAUAUGGCACUCAUAAAAGCAGCUUGUAGUGGAAAGAAAAGGAGAAAAAGCGGUUCUAAGGUUUUGCCGCAUGUGACAGAGGAAUUGAGAGAGGAGGAAGAGAGCGAAGUUCAGGUUUUCCCAGAAAAAUGUAUGAAGGGCAUUCCUGUUCCUGGCUACCGAUUGGGGAAUUACAGGCCGUGGACUCCCGUAUUGGAACCAAUUUCUGAACUGCUCUGAGAAGUCUGUCACUUGCUUUUUGUUGGGUUUGGAUUCAUCAGGGUGGAAAUUUCCCAAAUUAAUUGUUGAAAAUGGGAGAUCUACCGGUAGGAAGGCUAGUAUACUCGAACUAAUUUGUGGUAGAAAUCUAAGAUCAAUUCUUUAAUUCUUUCAUGUAAUUACAGAAUCAGUGUUUUUCCUUAUAAACUUGAGUAGCGUCUCAAAUUAGAGUAACGACUGCUCAAACAGUUUCCCCUAACAAAGUGAAGCUACAACUGUUGUUCAA